CGCCUUCAAGGACGGCUCCACAGCAAGCUGCCGGAGUGUUGAAAACAAAAAUCUGAAGGAGGAAAACACUCUUCAAUCUCUGGGCGAGUGGUGCUGAAUAUCUGAUAAAUCAUGUGUAAGAAGGAGACCCUGUGACAAAAUGGCUUCUCACAAGUCAAAGCCCGGCAUCAUGAUGAAUGUAACGAAUACAGAAUCCAGUCUGAUGGAUGAAUAUGUUACACCUGAGUGCUACGAGCUGGAGAAAAUCCUCAACCGUGGGAGUGUGGCUUACACUCACGUCAACGAAGUCUGGCCUAAUGUGUAUAUUGGGGACGAGGAGACGGCAAGGGACAAGUAUAAAAUCAAAAAGUUGGGGAUAACGCACAUUCUAAACGCAGCAGAAGGGACGUGGAACAAUGUGGACACCGGCCCUGGUUACUACGGCGACAUGGACAUCGUCUACUACGGCGUGGUGGCAGAGGACAUCGCAACCUUUGACCUCAGCCAGUAUUUUUUCUCGGGUGCCCAAUUUAUAGAAAAAACACUGAGCAAUCCCCAGAAUAAACUCCUGGUGCACUGUGUGAUGGGGAGGAGUCGCUCUGCCACCCUGUUCCUUGCAUACCUGAUGAUCUGUGAGGACAUGAAGGUGGGUGAAGCCAUUGAACACGUGAAGAAAUGCCGCAGGAUCAUCCCCAACUGGGGCUUCUUGAAACAGCUGAGAGAGCUGGACAUGCAGCUGCUAGAGAGAAGGAACUCGGCUGAGCAGAGCUGACAUGACAGCCAACGUGACUCUGUGGAGGAACUUCAAAACAAGAUGAAGAUUUUGUUAGUUUACCAUCUUAUGCAAGUAGUGUAGUUGUUAUAUUCUGUCUAGCGCAGUCCUUACGUUUCCUGCUAGAAAAUAUAAAAUUACAUUUUGAGAAUACUGAUGCUCACAAGACAGCAACUAAUCAAAGGCCCACCUGGGACUGCCUGGAAAUGUGCUCCAGUUGGACUGGUCUGAAAUUCACCACUGCUGCAUUCUCCAAUUGUUCUGCAACCGAUUUUGAUUCAGAGCCUGAAAACCAGAGGUGGACAAAGUACACUAACUACGUACUUGAAAGUAUAGAUACCUUAUGUAAAAUAUUACUACAGUAAUUAAAUUCCCACUCGAGUGUAAGUACAAAAGGUUUCUUUUCAACAUAAAAAUAUACUUUACUUCUCAUUUAGGAGAAUGUACACAUACAGUCUAUUCUUCGGUUGUAAAAGGUUGCAGAAUUAGCAGAGAACGAUCACAUACAUGGUCAAUCAUAAUUUAUUCUUAUGCUAAAAUGUACAGCAUUUUAUUGACUGACAAAAGAAGAAAAAAAAAGUCAUAAAUACAAGAAUGUCAUUCUGUCCCAUUUUGUGCACAUAGCCAGGUAUUACCCCCCUGUCUGACCAGCAACUCUGUACAGGUACAAAGGCUACAAAAGAGCAAUAUAAACAAAAACACAAGUACAAGUUGCGUUUUACAUGCAAUCCAUUAGCUUAGUUUGGUCUAUUCACAGGCUCUAUUCUUCUACACUUCAGUAAAAUAUAAAUCCAACAUUUUAUAAAGAUAGAAAACAAAUCUACAGAUGGAAUGAAAAUGUAGCUUUUAAAGGCAUUAUGUAAAAUAUCAACUUUGGACUAAAUUUAUAUUUUCUUUAUUGUUAUUCGUCAAUAAAAUCAUUUAGGUUUUUUUUUUCAUUCUGCCACACUUCUGGACAUUUUGAAAUGUUUUAGAAUUGUCAGGGUACAAACACUGAGAUAUGCUUUGUUAUUUUGACAGAAAUCAGUCUGCUUUAUUAAACAGAAAGCUGCCUCAAGGAGAUCUGUUACAAAAGACUUCAGAAUUAUACAUACGUAGCAAUAAAACCUCUCAAACCCAACGUAAAACAGGACUAAGUUUGCUUCUUCUUUUUUUUUUUUUUUACAUUAUUAGAAUUAACAAAAUAUAGUUUUAUCUUUUUUCCCCCGUGAAGGGAAACCUAAUAAAGGCCAGAUAUCUUUAAAAUGGCUUGCUAUUAAGCACAACACUUGUACAGUACUACUCAAUGCACUGUCACUAACAGAGACUGAAGCAUGCUAGUUGUCACUUUACAAAAUUAGUACAAUAAUUUAAAUAUACAAAGGCAUGAGUAUAGUACAAACUAAUUGCCAGCACUGUUAGACAGGUACACUGAACAGUUUGGAACAGCCACUAACUCCACUUGUAGCAGGCACAUUAAAUGGCUUCAUUAGAGGCUGCUACACCACUGCGAGGAAAUCUCUACGUGUGAGCUCUGAACCUGCCUGCACUAAAGACACAUCAGAGACACUAACACUAAUUAAAUAGAUUUUCAUCAUAAUGAUGUAAGGCUUCCCAUCUGGAGAAACAAAAAUACUUUUUAACAUUAGCUUCAAAGUUCACUCGUUGUUGAAAAAAAAA